AUGCAAAGACUACCGUUUUUGAUACUUUUGACAUCGGCGGUAGCUGUUGCCCGGAUUUUGCAUAAGCCCCACGACUUCUCCUGCGGCUCAUUUUUCGUCUUUGGAGACUCGCUCUCCGAUGAUGGCGUAGAAGUUGGAGAUGAAUCUUAUGGCUUCGAAAGAACGAGCAACGGCCCUGUUUGGCCGGAAUACGUUCAGAAAAUGCUGGGCUGUGAUCGGUACGUCAAUUACGCGUUCUCCGGUGCGAAGAGUGGGAUGGACAAUUUUUACUUUGCAAAUUGGAGUGGGCUGUUGUGGCAAGUGGAGCGAUUUGUGGAUACGCAUCCGGUGAUCCCGUCAAACGCGCUCGUCGUUUUUCAAUCGGGUGGCGCCAUCGAUUUCUUCACCGGAAGUAACAAGACUAACGACGUGGUUGAGAAUAUCCAUGAAGCUCUGAAUAUGUUACUAAAGACAAUGACCUCCGGAACCCUAGUAGUCCUAAACAUUGUCGAUCAAAGUUCCGCACCUGGCGUUCUGGCCGCAGAAGACACCCAAACACUGCAACGAAAGAUUGGAGCAAUGGUCGGCGAGGCAAACACGCAACUCACCCACCUGGUCUACGACAGCGAACUGGGCCUGAAAAGAAAGGCCCCCGGGAUUACGGUCCGGGUGCUCGACUUGAACGGAGUAGUGGUGCGCGCGCAAACGGAUCUGAACACAACCGAGCCGUUUACACAUCAUGCUAAGGAUACGGGAACUCGCUCCAUCUACAACUACGCCUAUCACGAUCUGUGGCACCCAUCCACCUUCGUGCACCACAAAAUCGCGAUGGCUGUCAUCCGCGAACUGCAAGACUUA